AUGGAGGUGUUGCCGUUGAAGCACACAAUCACACAAUUACUACUCUCAAUUUCGAUACUACUCCCAUUGGUGUUUACCUUUACAUGGUCUUCUCUCACCUCCUCAAGUUUAGUACACUUCCAAAACUUGCACUACUUUUCUAGCAACACAAUCAACAAGAACUUCUUUUUUCUAGUCUGCAACGGCAUUCUCUUCUUCCUCACCAAAACCUCUCCCUUAGCCCGCCCUCCUGAUCUCGACGGCCUGAAAGUAGUGGUAGAGGCAGAAACCUAUUCGGACAAACAUAUAAAGUUGGACGAAGAAGAAGAAGAUGAUGAUGAUGCUGACGACGAAGAGUCAACGAAGGUGUUUGAAGAAGAACAAGCGAAAGUAGAUCAUGAAUUCGAGCAUUCGAGUGAAGGGACGCUCCAAGUCUCGAUCAACAUAGCAGGGAGUGAAGAUGAAGAAAUUGAGCUGCAAGAUUGUUUCCUUCUCAAAGAAGUUGAUGAUCGAGAUGAAGAGGUGAUUAUUGGCAAUGGAGGGGAGGAAGUUGAUGAAAUAGAGAAGCUGAGUGACGAUGAAUUGAACCAGAAAUUUGAAGAUUUCAUAAGGAGGAUGAAGGAGGAGUUUAGAAUUAAUGAUUAUCAACACAAACAGUUAAUAUUGGUCAAGUAA